AUGGUAAAUAACGGUGACCGUGAUCUUGGCCUUGAUGCGCCGCAAUCGAGAGCGGCCGAACGGCAAGCGCUACGCAGUGCUAUGAAGCGCGCUGCUCGGGCGCAGCGUCGACUUCACGAAGCCAUUUAUCGUGCGGCGACGUGCGGUGAGGCGUGCGACACGUCAAGUUCGAGUGAAAGUGAUGGCGAGGGAACGGCAUUUAGAGGACGGCGACGCAAUGCCGGCGAAGGCGAUGAAGCGCAAUUUCACCAUCACCAACAAGGACCCUGGACUGGUCGGCGUCAUGGCAUGCGCGGCGCUCAUAGACCAUGGGCUUCAAUGCGCGGAUUUGCAUCAGGUAGGCAUACCAUGGGUUUUCCAGGUUGCGGUGCCGGUUUUCCAGGUAUGAUGUCACAUCCACAUCCCCACCCACACCACCAUCACCAUCAUCAUCAUGGUCCACAUCAUCAUCAUCGUGGCGCUUUUGGUGAUUUUCAUUCGUUUGCCGGACGUGGUGGCCAUUGUGGACGUGGUGGUCAUGGGCAUGGUCCAUCGCCCGGCGCUUUUGGCAGGCAUUUCCCCCACUUUGGUGGUGGUAUGGGUCAUUGUAGCGGAUACCGCGAGAGGGCGCGCAGUGUACCCAGAUUCUAA